CGGGACUCGACUCUCUUUAGCUUCUUCGACGCGACUUGUCGGGUUUAAGAUGUUUGUCUUGUUUUGUUUGUUCGUCUGUGCUUCGGCCGGUCGCUUUGAAAACGUCGGAGAAGUGAUGACCGGUCAGCCUCACGAAGUCCCAACAAACAGCACCAAGGUUUUGGCGGCAGCGCGGUUUGCUGUGGUUGAAUUCAACAGAGCCAACACAGAAGACGUGUUUGUUUACGAGAUUGUGAACAUAACAUCGGCCAAAAUUCAGGUGGUCGCGGGAAUAAACUACAUCCUGGAAGUGCGGCUGGGACAUACAGUGUGCAAGGAAAGCAACAAGGCUGACAGUAAACCAUGUGAUUUCCAAUCCAAGGAACUUCAGUGCAACUUCAUCGUUACAGAAGUCCCUUGGGAAGACUCACGUGUACUUACUCAAAAGAAGUGUCACCCACAUAAUGACUGAUAUGCAGAUGUGUUCCUGCUGGUGGCUUUGCCAAGUAAACAGUUAUCAUUGAGCUGUGCGUUAGUGUGUGUUCACCCCGAGUUUCAGACACUGUGCACACCCUGAAUUUAUAAUGGCAUGUUCAUAUACCAGUGAUUUCAUUGGCUCCCAGAUCUGCCACUUGUUCUGACACUGAGUUGAAUAAGUUCAGUGACCUGCACUCACUGGGCAUUGUAUAGGGCGAAAAAUGGCAUAAUUAUUCCAGUGAGUGACCAGGGCAGCUUUACUGUGCCUCAUCUCUCAGUGUGUGUCCUGGCAGCUGUAAGGCUCUGGUUGCGUGUCAAGCUCGGUCAGACACAUGGCUGCUAAACGGAGACGAGGCUACACCUCUCUACUCUACUACCACGGUCUCCAGAAGGGCUCUGUAUGGAGGAUUACAGGCAUUUUGAGAUUACUGCUC